UGCCCCUCCUACUUUCAGUUUAGUGAAAGUGAAACUCAUCACUACUUCCUUCAUGGUCUGGGUGUAGAAUUCAGAGGUUUUGGACGUUGUUUUCUAUUUCUGCGUGUUAUAGGCUACUGUCUGUGAGUGUUUGUGCAGUACAAUGGCAGAAUCUAGUGUUUCUUUGGCUCUGGAUGAGUUUAGCUGUUCAAUCUGUCUAGAUUUACUGAACGAUCCAGUGACCAUCCCCUGUGGACACAGUUACUGUAUGAGCUGUAUUACAGGCUGCUGGGAUCAGGAUGAUCAGAAGAGAGUCUGCAGCUGCCCUCAGUGCAGACAGACCUUCAAUCCGAGACCUGUUUUAGGUAAAAACACCAUCCUGGCUGAAGUGUUGGAAAAACUCAAGAAGACAAAGCUACAAGCUGCUUGUCUUGAGCAGUGUUACUCUGGAUCUGGAGAUGUGGAGUGUGACGUCUGUACUGGGAGAAAAUAUAAAGCUAUCAAGUCCUGUCUGGUGUGUCUGAACUCUUACUGUCAAAGUCAUCUUGAACAACAUGAGAAUCUCUUCAAAGGUAAGAGACACAGUCUAAUGGAUGUCACUGGACGACUGAAGGAGAUGAUCUGCCCUAAACAUGAGAAACUGCUGGAGAUUUACUGUCUCACUGAUGAAUACUGUAUAUGUUAUAUGUGUACAAUGGAUGAACACAAAAAUCAUGAGACCGUAUCAGCUGUAGCAGAGAGGACUGAGAAACAGAGGCAGCUGAAAGAGACACAGAGAAAAUUUUGCCAGAGAAUCCAGGAGAGACAGAAGGAGCUUGAGGAGCUGAGAAAGGCUGUAGAGUCUCACAAGCGCUCUGCACAGACAGCAGUGGAGGACAGUGAGAGGAUCUUUACUGAGCUGAUCCUCUCCAUUGAGAGAUGGCGAUCUGAGGUGACACAGAUGAUCAGAGAUCAGGAGAAGACUGAAGUGAGUCGUGCUGAAGAACAACUGAAGCGACUGGAGCAGGAAAUUGAAGAUCUGAGGAGGAGAGACACUGAACUGGAGCAGCUUUCAAAUACAGAUGAUCACAUCUAUUUCCUCCAGAGUUUCCAGUCUGUCUCUGUUCCUCCUGGAUCUGCAGACUCUCCCAGCAUCACUGUCAGUUCUCGUCUCUCUUUUAAUGAUGUUGGUAAAUCUGUGUCUCUUCUGAGAGAGAAACUUGAGAAUUUCUGCAGAAAGGAGAUAGAAAAUAUUUCUGAUAUGGUAAAAAACAUUGAGUCCAUACCCACCCCCGAACCCAAGAAAAGGGAGGAGUUUUUACAGCAUUUCCGUCGGUUCACGCUGGAUGAAAACACAGUGCACAAAUACCUCAGUUUGUCUGAGGAGAACAGAAUGAUUACUGAAACUAACACAGAGCAGUCGCAUCCCGAUCAUCCAGACAGAUUUGAUAGUUUGACUCAGGUGUUGUGUAGAGAGAGUGUGUGUGGACGCUGUUACUGGGAGGUGGAGUGGAGUGGGAGAGGAGUGUGUAUAUCAGUGUCAUAUAAAAACAUCGGCAGGAAGGGACGGUGUGAUAAAUGUGCAUUUGGAUAUAAUGAUCAGUCUUGGAGUUUAUAUUGCUUUCCUUCCAGUUACUGCAAAUACUCAUUCUGUCACAAUUGCACAGAGACUGAGCUUCCUGAAGUCUCCAGCUCAUGUAGAAUAGGAGUGUAUGUGGAUCACGGUGCAGGAACUCUGUCCUUCUACAGCGUCUCUGACACAAGGACCCUCAUUCACCGAGUCCAGACCACAUUCACUCAGCCUCUCUAUGCUGGGUUUAGAGUUUAUGGGUCAGUGAAACUGUGUGAUAUCACAAAAUAGAUGAAACAAAGUCGUAUAAUGCCACAUAUGAUAUUAUCGAAAAAAAUAUAAUAACAAACUGUAUCACGUUAAGUUAAUAAUAUUUGUAACCAACAUAACAUGUAAUGUUCAUGCUGUCACAUAUGCUAUAAAUAAAAAUAUGACAGAACAAAAGGCCAUCCUGUCA